AUGAGUGAGCAGUUGCUAGAACUGGUCUUAAACACACUGAAAAUUGUCGGAAUUGGGCCCAAAAGUCGCAAAAUCUACUCAUUUGUGUUCCUCACAAUCUUGACCAUUUUGGUCAUUUUCGCAAGCAUCGAUCGGCCCUACCUCAAAUCGUACACUCACAUCAAGGUUGUCGUGAGUGUUUUAAUGGAUUUCAUAGCUUAUUUUUUCAAUUUUUACACGAUUUUGUUUCAUCGAGAAACUGAUUUUUUCAAAAUGUUUUCAAAUGAGCCAAAGUUCGAAUUUCGACAUUAUUGUGUUUUUCUAAUUGUGAAUGUGGUUUUUUGGGUGAUUGUCCUCAUGUCGAAUUACGCUUUCACGCGAAUUAUCAUCCUGAAAUCGAUUGUGGAAAUUGUGAUAAUUGACGUUGAAAUUUACAGUCAAUUUUUAUUCGGAUUUAUGAUUUUCCUAAUUUUGGACAUUAUCAAGUCAAAAUAUCGGAAAAUGAACCAAAUUUUGCGAAAUUACCGACAAAUCACCUCCGAUGAAUUUGUUUUUCUUGUUACAAAAAUUGAAAGUUUCAGUUUUCAGCUGAAAAAUUCCGUUGACGAAUUUAAUGAUAUUUUUGGGGUUCCCCUACUUUUGAUAAUUUCUUAUUCGACUCUCCAUUUUGUCAAUUACAUUGACGAUUUGUUUUUCUUCCGGUUUGAAAAGUCCAAAUUUCAGUUUCUUAUCUCAAACAUAUCACAAGUUUCGUUGAUUUUCAUCACUAAUUAUACUCUAAUUAUAAUGUGUGAUUGUGUGGGGAAAGAGGCUUCAAAUUUGCUUAAAAUCGCCCAAAAAGUGAAAACAAGUCAAGGGAAUAAAUUCGUUUUGGAUUGUUUGGUUUUGAAUUUUCCGAAAUUUUCAGCGGGGGGAUUUUUUCAGAUCAAAAAAUCGACUAUUUUCAGCGUUUUAAACACUGUUAGCACGCUACUGAUUGUUAUGGUGCAAUUUGAUAAGGAUAAGUGA